CAGCCUGAGGGAGGAGAUACCCAUACUCUCAGCUCAGACUGCAGACAACUCCCACUCAGACACUGCAGAAACUGCUUUCUUUUCUGAUUUUAUUCUAUACACACACACACACACACACACAGAGUGCUGCAGGGAGGGAUUCUCACUCUGCUCAAGCUCCUCUGAGGGAAAAACUUCUGCUAAACACCUGGAUUAACUGGCAUUAACUGGCAACCCACUCACAGCAGAGAUGGCACUGAGACAGAACUCGGAUAGAGAACCGACUAUUGAGCUCUUUAUAAAGGCGGGUCAUGAUGGAGAGAACGUGGGGAACUGCCCGUUCUGUCAGAGUCUGUUUAUGGUUCUGUGGCUGAAAGGAGUCAAAUUCACAGUUACUACAGUCGACAUGAGGAAGAAGCCGGAGGAGCUGAAGGAUUUAGCCCCCGGAACCAACCCACCAUUCCUCCUGUACAACGGGGUCCUGAAGACUGACUUCAUCAAAAUCGAGGAGUUCCUGGAGACCACCCUCGCCCCACCCAGAUACCCUCACCUCAGUCCCCUCAAUAAAGAGUCGUUUGAUGUGGGCGCCGACAUCUUCGCCAAGUUCUCCGCUUUCAUCAAGAACAGUCCAAACAACAGCAUACAGGAGCAGGCCUUGCUGAGGGAGUUUAAACGGCUGGAUAUUUAUCUGAGCACCCCACUGCCAGAGGAGAUCGACCACAACUCCAGAGAAAACAUCACCGUCUCCAGCAGGAAGUACCUGGAUGGAAACCGCCUGACCCUGGCAGACUGCAACCUGCUGCCCAAACUGCACGUCAUCAAGGUUGCAGCUAAGAAGUACUGUAACUUCGACAUCCCUGCUCACUUCAGCGCCGUGCACCGCUACCUGCAGAACGCUAACGCCCGAGAGGAGUUCAUCCAGACCUGCCCGGCCAACAUCGAGAUCGAGAAAGCCUACCUGAGCGUCGCCAACAAGCGCUCAUAGUCCCACACUGACCUCCUGCAGCAUCUACAUACACACACAGCCUUCAGAUUUCACCCUGUAAAUAUCAUUAAAUCAGAGUCAUGUACACUUUAAAUUAACACUGCAGCUUUUCAGCCUCAUCUUUCCCCCUGACUCAUCUGUAGCAUAUGGUCAAAAGAUCAAAUACCAUAUCCCUGCAUUUUACCAUUAAAUGCAAAAGAAAGCAAAAAAAGUAGUAGUUUUUAGUAGAUUUGUUUUGGAUAUUUUUUAAUCUGGACUUUUUAAAAUAUUUUUAUCUUAAAUGAAGAUCAAAAACUAAUUUAGCUUGUGAAUUGGAAGUGAAUUGGUCAUUUUAUGCCCAUUUUAAGAAAACUUGCACAUAUACUCUGAAAUGUAGAGAGAGACGUUGACAUUUGCCCAUUUUCCCCUGUUUUACUGUCUAGUUUUAGCUGCAAUUAGUUAUUUUAAUAACUUAAAAUAAUAAAAAACUCAAAACAAAAUAGGAAAACAGAAAUAUCAUGUUUUAUACCAUUUAUAAUAUAAAUAAUAUAAUUUCUACUAUUUAUAAACACUUGUCAGAUAAAUGGUUUUUGCUUUUUCUUUGGUGUUUUAUAUACUUUUUAAAUAGUGCAAGCAUUUUAGGAAUAAUGUCUUGUUCAUGACUGUAAUUAUAUUCUUAGAAAGAUUUUUAAUGCCUCAAUUUUUAAAAUAAAUGUUUUCUAGUUGUAUGUUUUAAGAUUUGAUUUCUUUUUAAAACACAUUAGUUUAGUUCAGUAUUUUUUUUGUUCAUACUAAUUCUCAAAUGUCAUUUAUGUGCAUUUAUAUUGGAUAGAUUUUAUAGAAAACUUUGAUUUUACCUGACUUUUUUUUUUAAUUGUAGUAUAAGAGAAAAAGAGAAGAGAAGUCCAUGGGUAAACCAUAUGCUACAGAUCUAGGAGAACACGAGCAGGUUAAAAAGGGCUGAAAUAUUAUUUUUAAUGACUAAAAUGAUGGUAUAUUUGUUAUGUGAAUGCUCUAACAGUGAUAUUCUGAUAUGUGCAUUGUUACUACAGUACAUACAGUAAUUGCUACUUCUGCAUCAGCAGCCAGAGUCUGAGAGAACACCCAAUUGGCCAAGCUCUCUCUGGGAGGGUACAGUAGGUGGCGCUCUCUCUCUCCACUCAUCACUCACAUUGUAAGUUGUGAUCAGCGCAGGUUUCUGUUAGCUGACGUAUCAGAGCUAAGGUUACGACACAUUUUGGAAAAAAGGGGCGGAGUCUGAGUUCACAUGUAUGGGAGGAGGCAUACGGCUGUCCUGAACCUUCUAUUGUCCGAAGCAUUGCUAGUAAUACUUCUAAAUGAGUUUGUGGUUGGGUUAAUUGGCUAAAUAAGCUAAAUUGAGACAAAUAAUAUAAAAAUUAAAACAAGUAAAUAAAUAAUACAGCACAUAUUAAGCUUUAGCAUUAUUCACUGUGCCUAUGAUCCCAAAGCCCUCGAGAAGCACCGCAUUGCCAUUAAAAAGGAAAUGCUGUAUGACGGCUGUGCAGCACUUUCUCUGCAAUAGGCCACACGUGCAAUUAACUGUACAACACCUGUUAUUUGCUUUGUUUAUAGUGUAUAUAUGUACUUUUCACCUAAAUGUCUAAUUUUGUUUAUCUAAUAAAUCUUUACAUAUCA